CAAGCUGCCUUCCCUAGGUUGAAACACUUCAUAAAUGGCACUGGGUGUCGCUCCAGAGUGUCAAAUAUCGCUCCUGUGCGUUCAUUCCGCCACGAUCACCCUCCCUUCAGCCUUGUACGGUGUGUGCGUGUGUGUUGUGAGUCGGAUAGAAAGUCAGCCUGGUUUCCAGCUGAGUGCUUGCUCUCUCACAGUGUGUGUGUGUGUGUUGUCAUUAUUAUCCACUCUGCUCCCAGCUCAGAAUGGCCAGAUUCACUCAGACUGAAACAAGAAGGCAGUACCAUCCACAGCAGCCCCAGCCCGCUCACUCCAGCUUGGUUUUCACCGGACCGGGGGCAUCGCCGACCCAACAACCACUACUACUUAUCCCACACCAGCACCAGUACCCUCAGAUCACAUUUCCGAAACCCAUGAACGGGUCAGAACCCAUUUCAAUUCAUCCGGAGAGCGGCAACAUGAAAGACCAAGAUGCCAUUAAGCUGUUUAUCGGGCAGAUACCGCGGAACCUGGAAGAAAAAGACCUGAAACCCCUGUUUGAACAGUUUGGGAAAAUCCACGAACUGACAGUUCUCAAGGACCGAUACACCGGCAUGCACAAAGGUUGUGCUUUCCUUACCUACUGUGCCCGGGAGUCGGCCAUCAAAGCCCAGAAUGCCCUCCAUGAACAGAAAACACUGCCAGGGAUGACUCGCCCCAUCCAGGUGAAACCGGCUGACAGCGAGAGCCGUGGAGAAGACAGGAAGUUGUUUGUUGGGAUGCUAAACAAACAACAAACUGAGGAGGAUGUUUACCGCCUCUUCGAACCCUACGGAGUCAUAGAGGAGUGCACGGUCCUAAGAGGUCCUGAUGGAAACAGCAAAGGUUGCGCCUUUGUCAAGUUCUCCACACAUACUGAGGCCCAGUCUGCAAUCAGUGCCCUCCACGGCAGCCAGACCAUGCCAGGUGCUUCCUCCAGCUUGGUGGUCAAGUUUGCCGACACAGACAAAGAGCGUACCAUCAGACGUAUGCAGCAGAUGGUUGGGCAAUUUGGCAUCUUCAAUCCAGCCAUUGCUCUUCCCUUCAGCACUUACAGCUCUUACGCACAUGCGCUCAUGCAGCAGCAGGCAGCCAUCAUGGCAGCAAGCCACGGAGGUUACCUCACGCCUAGCGUGGCUUUCCCUGCCACACAGAUCCACCAGAUGGGGGCGCUCAAUAUCAACAGCCUCCCACCCACCCCCAUGUCGGGUGAGAUUCAUCAAACCCUGGUAGGCCUCAGUUCUCCACCAGCCAACAUCACCACCUCUGCUGUGCCCAGCAUUGUCACACCUAUCGUAAAUGGAUUCACUGGCAUCCCUCAUCAGCCCAAUGGACACCCUGCUGUGGAGACCGUGUACACCAAUGGCCUGCCACCCUACUCUACCCAGAGUCCCACUGCAGCUGAUACCCUCCAGCAAGCCUUCACCGGAGUACAGCAAUACACAGCGAUCUACCCAACCACCACACUGACUCCCAUUGGCCAGACACUGCCCCAACCACCCCAGGUCAUCCAGCAGCAGCAGCAGAGAGAAGGUGAGGGUCCAGAGGGCUGUAACCUAUUCAUCUACCACCUGCCACAGGAGUUUGGAGACAAUGAACUCAUGCAGAUGUUUCUGCCCUUUGGCACUGUCAUCUCUUCUAAGGUCUUCAUGGACCGAGCAACCAACCAGAGCAAGUGCUUCGGUUUUGUGAGCUUUGACAACCCUGCUAGUGCACAGGCAGCUAUUCAAGCUAUGAAUGGCUUUCAGAUAGGGAUGAAGAGGUUGAAAGUCCAGCUAAAAAGACCGAAGGAUGCAAGCCGCCCUUACUGACACAGCCUACCUUCAGUAUUCAUUGCAGCAGCACGGGUUUUAGAGGACACAUGAAGAGAUCUUGGAGGAGUUAAACCUUUUUUCUUUGAAAGCAAAAUAUGUUUUAAAAAAUUAACACGUAAGGAAUUUUUGAAGACAUAUCAGCAUUUACUUAUGAAGAUAUAGGUUAAGGCAGAAAAAAGAAGAUGCAUAAGAGGAGGAAGCACUUCACCGGGGGACUUAAGAAGCAACAGAUGGCACAGUGCAAGAAGAAGACAAGAAAAAAAAACUGGCAUAAGAUGUGAUGAAACUGAACAACAGAACUUUUUUCUUGUUGAGACUUGAAUUGUUAAUUAAGCAACAAACUAACAAACAAAAAAGCAGCAACAACAAAUAGAUUUCUAUAUACAUAUUAUAUACACAUAUAUAUAAGGAAAGAGGCGCUUGUGGCUUUUACUGUACUGGACAAAUGAGGGUUAAAACUUGAAGAUCAAGAAAAACAGUGGAAAAAAGAAGCUAUUCUAUACAUCCACUGACAGACUUUCUUUCUCUGUCCCUCUUUCUCUUACUCUAUCAUCAUCUCUCUCAGCAAGCGCAGAACUAUGACUCUUUGAGGUCACUGAGGUUUUCAUUAGCAACAGUAGAACUGCAAAUCAUUCACCCUUAAGGGGCCAAAGGACCAAACAUUUUUAUUGUUCUGAACGGUAAUAUAUAGUAUUAAUGAUACUAAUACUACAAACUACUACUAAUAAUAUUACAAGUUAAAGUUAAGGAGAAAUACUAGCUUCAGGUUGAAAAAAGAGCAAAGGGGUUUCUUUUACAUUUAUAGCUACUGGGUUUGAGAAUAUUAAAACAAAAUAAAAUGUAUUAAAAAUGAAGCUAUACUACUUUAAUGGCAUAGAAUAUGUAGGUUAGGUGUUGUUUUGGGCAUGUUCAGAUAUGUUCUUUUCAUCGCUUCACUGACAUCACAGUAUUUCAUCUUGGGGGUGUGAUUUGUCUGUGUUGUUGUGUUGGAAAUAAAAGAAGAAGAAAGCAGCCCCAUAGUGUCAAAAGUGACACAAUAACUGCCGCUUAAAGCAAAGACCACAGAUCUGCUGUAUAGUGUAUUUAGCCAUGUAGCGCUGUCUUCUGUUCUUGUCAGCACAUUGCAAUUCCAUAAUUGAAGCAAGAGUCAUUCCAUGUCAUCAUUAAAACCUUGAUAUUACAGAUAAUCUGACCAUAAAGCACUGUGGUAAAAGUGCCGCCCGACUGAGCUGAGCACGCAGCAGUUCAGCAGCACAGCAUCUGCAACUGCUUAAUAAAAUAUACAAAUGAGCCCGACAGCAGUUGUAAAAAUUUCCAUCGGCAUGUCACAGCGGGCCCUGCCGGAUUGUGCACUCUCACACUGCCAAGCUCCUCCAGCUGCUCUCAGCAGGUGAGAGCAGACUCCCCUUUCUCUUCCUCCUCUCUCUCUCUCUCUCUUUCUCCUCACUUUCAAGUGCCAGCAUAUCACACUCUUAAGAGGGACCAUCAGUUCAUGGGAGGCCUAGAGCUAACCCACAGCAUAAUUAGGGUAAUGAUAAUAUUGAUCAGAUGGGGAGCAGCACUGCAGGGCAAGAGAUGCACAAUCAAUUACACUUUGGCAUUUUGAAUGAAUUGACUGAGUGACUGAGUUCAUUUUUCUCUCAGUGUGUGGAUGUGAGUCUUUUCUCCCUCUUACUGCUAUCCAUAGUCUCAAAGGGGACCCCCAAAUAUGACAGACUGAAGAUAUUUCAAUCCACAUCAGUAUUGCAAAGAAGCAAAAAGCUUCAUAGGUUACAAGGCUGUGACAGGAUCUGUACAUAGUUCUAGAGCAAAGAGCAGCUGUUUUUUUUCCCAAAGGGUAUAAUACCACAGUCAGAGUUUGUAUGUGGUGAGAAAGAGACUGGCAUUACCAGCCUUAGGAGGUUAAAUUAAAAGGAAAAUGAUUCAUCAAUUAGACAGCAGCAGGCCUAUAAGUGUAACUGCUACAGCUGCUGCUGCUUCAACAAGACGACAGCUUACCACUCACACGUGGCUCCUAUACAGUGUGGUCAUGACAUAUCACACAGUAUCAGAUAUAAUCUAUUAGCAAAACUAAUUAAUGUGUUAAUGCUUUGACCAAGAAACACACUACAUCUGGGAUGAAAUCUGCUUUGCAUGACUUCAGUGUUUUUAUUGAAUCAGCUUUUUAUUAUUAUAUUUUAUUUAUUUAUUUAUUUAUUUUCAAUCGCUUUCAGACUCAAAUUUGUUCAGGUAACAUUUGCUGAGUUGUCUUUUCAUUUGCUCUUCAUGUACUCAUUUUGGUCUCUGACGUAACUUGUCCCUCAGGACUCUGAGAUCAUCACUCUAUAUUUAACAAACAUCAGACCUCACCUCUGUAAUCUGGUAUGACAAAUGUUAUCAAAAGAAUGGCUUUCUAGGUCCUGAUGACUCUAUCGUAUUUUAUGUUUAAAGUGGUUUGGCCUUUACCAAAUGCACUUUAAUUUUGCAGGCAAUACUUAGAUGCUGUAAAAAGAAAGUCUUUAAAAAUGCCUUUUGCCACCAUGAACUGUCAAUUUAUGCAAGCAUAUCCACUGCAUCUCCUCAUUAGAUAAAAUGUGCGACAGAUUGCUUGAAAUUUUUUAUGGUAACAUUAUAAAUGUGUUACUCAGUAAAAUCAAAUAUUUGAUUUUGUGAUAUAACAGUAGAAGGAGGGUGGGCUCAGACUGCAAUGAUAUACAAUAGGGUUUUCUGGUGAAAAGGUUAGAUUUCAUAUAUAUUUGCCAGAAGACCCCCCCCCCCCC